AUGGUACCCGUUAAAAACCCCGUUCUGAUCUGUGUGCUCCUCAGGUAUCACGGCCAAAUUGGGGCCAGUCUCAUACUGAGAGGAGUAGAUUGCACUGGGAACCACCUGUACACGGUGGGGCCGUACGGCAGCGUGAACACGAUGCCUUACCUUGCAAUGGGCUCUGGGGAUCUGGCUGCUUUGGGGAUUCUAGAAGACGGGUAUAAACCCGACCUGGAGCUGGACAAGGCCAAGGAGCUGGUGCGUACCGCCAUCCACGCAGGAAUCAUGAAUGACCUCGCCUCAGGCAACAACAUCGACAUCUGUGUCAUCACCAGAGAAGGAGCGGACUACAUCAGGCCGUACCAGGUGUCAGAGUACACAGACAAAAGGAAAACAAAAUACAAAUAUGGUGCAGGUACAACAGCGGUUCUGACGGAGAAAGUAGUCCCUGUACAGCUGGAGGUUGUAGAGGAGACUGUGCAGCGGAUGGAUACAGCUUGAUCUGUGAUGCAGUCACACCUUAAAACAACACAUUUAGCAGAAAAGUGAAUGAAUGUCUUUUUUUCACUUAAAAAAUAAAAUGCAAGCCGUGAAAACCAUUUAAUAAACAUUGUCAUGGUUUCUAUUCUUCACUGUGUGGUGACAGAAAUACAUGAAACAGACUGUUUUGUCUAUUGUAUUUCAGACCAGAUGAAAGAAAUAUAAAAUGUGGCAAAAUAAUUCAAAUUGAAUGAAAAUCUAUUCCAUCCCUGUUGCUGUUUAUUUUCAUGUUUUGAAAUGAUCUGCUAAAUGUAUUAUUAAUUUAAUAUUUCAAGCCUAAAGCAGUGUUUUUAUUAAUAAUAAUACUCCAUGAACCCGACUACAGUAGAUACAGCGUAUUGUUAUAAAUGAAGGAUUUCAAACACGCAUUGAUGACGUCAUUACACCUCCGCUGCUGGGUUCAAACCUGAUCGCUGCAUUUCGCUCAGUAACUGAUGACGAAACAUAAACAGAGCUCUCCUAUUGGUCGAUGCAAGAUGCAUUGUUUUUAUUAACAGUAAG